AUGGCAUUGGCAAGUGCGAUGGACAAAUUCGUUGUUGUUCGAGUGCAAGACGAACUUGCUAUGAAGCUGUUGAUUGAUAAAUUGGACGAUCUUAUGCUUUCGUACAACAUUUGCUCUGAGGACAAUCUGAAGGCUCCCUGUGAACCAUCGUGUUUUAUCAUAGAAGAUGAUAGCCCUUCUGAUAGCGUUGCCCAAGCUGCUACAGCAACGGUCGAGGUCGUACAAAGCGGUGAUGAGAUUGAUUUGGACAAGCUACUUCAGCACACUGACGACGACGAUAAAUCAAAAUCUUCUGACAAGCCAUGGAAAAAGUACGAAUCCCAGAUCUCAAUGCAGUGGGAUGGUUCCUUGGCCAUGACGCCGGUUACACUUGGUUCAGGACGACGUAAAGUUCCUAACAACAUCAAACGGUAUCGCCGACAAGUUUGCAAGAUCUGUAACUCAUCAAAUUCGGUGCCCUUUCUGAGGUCAAAAAUGCUCCACGCAGCUACACAUUCAGAUUUUAAAAGGUACAAGUGUCCUCACUGUGACAAGCGAGGAGCCUCUACCGCUACAGUCACUUUGCAUAUCAAGUCGAAACAUCCAGGACAACCACCCAAUGAAUUCCUUGAUGAAAUGAACCAAGAAGAGUACAUGAGACUGCUAUUACUCACAGAAAAAUGCUUCGACGACCCUUAUGUGUAGCCAUCGAAAUGGUGAAGAUGGCAACAGAUUCCCCGAAAACUGAAAGUUAU